GGUGCCUAUAUAAGCCUGUCAUCCGUAAAGGCAUCUAAACGCAGUGUUUUUUACAGUCCUGUAAGAUGUUUUCCCCAUUACAGAUGGUCGUGGCGACUCUAUCGCUCUCUUUGCUGCUGUGCAGCGUCAGUUCGGCACCCGGAGGAGACAUGCUGAUCCAGCUGUUACGGUCUGAAGUGGAACCCAAGGAGAUUGAGCUUCAGGAUUUCUUCCGUUUGCUCCUUCUGAAGCAACUCUCUGAGUCGGCGGCGCCCGAGGAGAAGCAGCCUCGUGAAAGCAUCGACGACGAUCCCGAGGUUCACAAUGAAGUGGUUCGCCAGAUUCCCCUCUCCCAUCGAGAACGGAAAACAGGCUGUCGGAAUUUCUACUGGAAGACCUUCACCUCCUGUUAGUCAACUCAUCAAAUCUCAACACAAACCCUUUCAACAUUGACAUAAUUGUGUAGGCCUGCGUCAAUACUUGUUUUAGAGGAUUUCUGGUCAUGUGCUUUAUGCCCGUAUGCUCGAUUGUAUAAACUAAUCUAAUUGUCUUCAGUUUCUCCUUUAUGUUACUAUAUCUACCAACUAUGUUCUUAAAAUUCACCACCUCGCAUAUUGGUAAAUAACUACACCAUACUACUCCACAAAUUGAGUGUAACUCUUAUUUUUAUGCACUGUAUGGUAUUAAAUAUUUAUGUCAUGGGUACUAUGGAGAUUGAUAGCAAGUGAUUCAGUGAAUGAUUAAAAUUAAAAUGAAAAAUCUUGAUGUAUAGUUUGUGUUGACCUUGCAACAGUGUCACUGGGUUAUUAGUCCUCUGUAAUAAACUGUGAUCAGGGAAACUGUUUACGUGGCUCUAUAAAUUAUAUAACACACAAAAAAGCAAACAACUUUU